UCAGCAGAGUUUCUCAAUCUGUCACUUAGGUAGGUGGAGUACGUUUGAUGAGGGAAGGAAAAACUGGACACAGCCACCAUGACUUUCUGACAACUCCCGUGAGCCGAUGAACACCUCAACCGUUAGCGUGUUGCUCUCACCUUCCAACUGUCAUACCUGUUAGCUGCUCUUUGCGUGAUUUGACAACUGUGGAGCAACACCCAUGCGCUUGUGUCAGAAGUUAUAAUGCUAACCCCCCGUUAGCUGCUGCUGCUGCUGCUGCUUCACGUAGCUAUGCUUUGACUUGAAGCUGCCAUCGAAAAGAGCGGUAAAUUGACUGUAACGGCUGGUUUAGUUUUUAUACUACGAAGUUAAGCGUCAGUUUGAGCAGUUUCCCCGUUGUUGUAAGCGAAGCCAUCAAUCUGUGACAGACAUGGGACUACACCCGCUGGAAUUCAGUGAAUGCUAUCUGGACAGCCCCCUCUUCAGGGAGAAAAUCAAGGCACACGAAGCAGAGCUGGACAAGACCAACAGAUUUAUCAAAGAGCUGUACAAAGAUGGGAAGAACCUCAUCAAUGCAACCAAGCAGCUUGGGAUGGCACAGCGAAAGUUUGCACAGUGCCUGGGCGAGUUUCAGUUUGAGUACAUCGGCGAUGCGAAGACUGAUGAUGAACGAUGUAUUGAUGAGUCUUUGCAAGAGUUCUCCUCAUUCCUCAAGAACCUCGAAGACCAAAGAGAGCUGAUGAUGAGAAACAUCACAGAAACCUUAAUGAAACCUUUGGAGAAGUUCAGGAAAGACCAUCUUGGUAUAGUAAGGGCGGAAAGAAAGAAGUAUGAGAAAGAAACAGAGAAAUACUACAGCUCCCUGGAAAAGCUUCUGAACAUGUCAGCAAAGAAGAAAGAGCCACAGCUACAAGAGGCAGACAUCCAGGUGGAAACCAUGAGGCAGCACUUUCAGGAGGAGUCACUGGACUAUGUGUGCAAACUGCAGGAGAUCCAAGAGAGAAAGAAGUUUGAGUGUGUGGAGCCGAUGCUGGCCUUCUUUCAGACCGUCUUCACCUUUUACCACCAGGGCUUUGAGCUCGCCAAGGACUUUGACCAUUAUAAAAGAGCACUGCAGAUCAAUAUUCAGAAUACAAGGAGUCGAUUUGAGGGCGCGCGGUCGGAGGUGUACGAGCUGAUGAAGAGGAUAAGGGAGGCACCUCAAGAAUACAGGCAGACCAGCCCUAUCAGUUAUGAAGGCUACCUCUAUGUACAGGAAAAACGGCCACCUCCCUUUGGUUCAAGCUGGGUCAAGCGCUACUGCACAUUUGUCAAAGAGCAAAAAAUCCUGCACAUGGUGACCUUCGACCACAGAUCUGGUGGCAAGCAGGGUGAAAUGGAGUCUGUCACGCUCAAAUCCUGCCUCCGCAAAACGACAGACAUGUUGGACAGGAGGUUCUGCCUAGAGCUCGACAUAACAGAUCGGCCAGGCACGGUGCUAACAGUACAGGCUCUGUCAGAGGAUGACCACAAGUUUUGGAUGCAGGCCAUGGGUGGGAAGGAACCUAUUGGACACUAUCUUGGGAGGACUUUCUCUAAAGAAAGAGGAAUUGAUGCCCAGCUGGAUGAUGUGGGUUUGAGUUUUAUGAAGAACUCCAUCAGCGCCAUAGAGACCAGAGGUAUUAAUGACCAAGGCCUGUACAGAGUUGUCGGGGUGAGCUCCAAGGUCCAGAAGCUCCUCUCAUUAAUGAUCGAUGAGAAGAGCAACGAAGUGGAUCUGUCUACCAAUGACGACUGGGAUGUUAAGACAAUAACAAGUGCACUGAAGCUUUAUCUCAGGAGCCUUCCUGAGCCGUUGAUGACCUAUGGACUUUACAAAGAGUUUAUUAGCCCUGCGAAGGGCGGUAGUCCAGAGUCUCGCAUCCAAGCCGUCCACUGCCUGGUCCACAAACUACCGGAGAGGAAUCGACAAGUCCUCGGGCUGCUCAUGAAGCAUCUGGCCAAUGUGGCGGCUCACAGUAAACAGAAUCUGAUGACUGUGGCCAACCUGGGCGUGGUGUUUGGCCCCACAUUAAUGAGGCCACAGGAGGAGACUGUCGCUGCCAUCAUGGAUCUCAAGUUCCAGAACAUUGUGGUGGAGAUCCUCAUUGAACACCACGAAAAGAUCUUUGCAGAUGCUCCGGAGUCAUGCCCUCUUUCACCUGCUGCCCCAGUAUUCUCUGCUCCCACAAGGCAGUCCAAGAAGCUGAGUCGACAGAAUCGGCCUCUGGCUGUCUACAAUCCACAAGCCCUAGACAUUCAGAAUGUGUCAGCAGUGGGAGAUAGUUCCAGUCUAGCUACAGAUGAGACGUCGAUGGGCAGCAAUGAGUCUGUAUCAUCCCAGUCAUCGUCAGCCUCGGCUUCAGAGGUGCCAACAGAGAAGAGCGAGCAUGUCCCACUUAGUGCCACCCUCAGCUCAGGCAGCAACUCCAGGGCCCCCGCAGCAGGAGCCUCCUGGUCCAGCACUGGAGCCUCAGGAGAAAGCCAACCUGCUUCCACCACCGCUGCCUCUGAAAAAGACAAACCAGAGGAGAGUGUCACCAGCAGGAAAGCCAAGGCAGUGUACCCAUGUGAGGCUGAGCACGACUCUGAGCUCUCCUUCCAGGUCGGCGCAAUAUUCAAUGCCGGUAAGUGUUAUCGCCUACACCAGUCGCUCACUCAGAACCAGCCCUGGCAUAUUGGAUUUGGAGGAAAACCGAACACCCAAUCUGAUCUUCAAUCGAAUAGAGAGAUGAGACGAGGAGAAGGAGAACGGGGAGGGAGGGGGGCAGGAGACACAGAUUUUCUCUUCAGUGUGUCUGGAAGAGGCUCGACUGAGCUUUAAUCACUCUCAGAGGAAAUGAGGAUUUUGUAGUUGGUAUUUUUUUUUUGCCUUUUUUGGUUAGACACAGAUAUUAUAGAUAUGCUAUGGUUUUAACUGUGGGGAUGUCUUUGAUAAGAUCCCACAGUGCUUUGCAGUUUCUUGUUUUUGUUUUUUUCUUGCUUAAAAGGUGAGAUCACAUCUUUUUUGACAUUGUUAGCCUCCACUGCAAAUAUAACCAAUGCGAUCCAUCAGAGGUCUAAUGAUCAAAAAUUAGGAUCUAAAUGUCAAAAUCUGACAACUUUCAUUAAUGAAUAAGGAUAAGACAAACUGAAACCUCGCCUUAACCUCUAUCUACUCUACAUACAAUAUUUCUUGUUAUGUUGCCUGCACAUUAAAACAUCAAUAUUUGAUUGUUGGUUGAAAGAGUUCAUGCCAGGAUAAAUGCCUACAAUGGCAAAAUGUAAUUUACUAGAAAGCCGAUUUCCAACUCAUAUUAUCUGAAUAAUAAUAAACAUAAAAUUAAUUUUCAAAGCUAAAUUAGGUUAUGUUCCAUAGGCCAUUCUUUUUAUCUGAAUUUUAAUUUUGAAGUUUUGCUUAGUAAAAGUGUGACUGAAUGAUCUCAACUUAAAUCUUCGCUUCCACAUGCAGAGUUUGGAAGGUUUCAGUAUAGUUUUGCUCAUAGUCUGUCUUUCCCUCAUCUCGUGAACAGGCUUCAAAUGAAGAGACAGCAUUGCAACAUAAAUAUUAUACGACGAGGCUCUCCUUAACUAAACAUCUGCAGUAUCUAGAGGACCCUUGACAUUUUGCAUAUUUUGCUGCACUGUUCAGUUAUUUCUAAAUGUAUAUGCCUUUUUUUUUUUUUUUUUUUUUUGGCCUGAGCUAUGUGCAUAACAAACGUGCAAAAGGUCAAGAGGUCUGAAUGCUUGAGCAAACACUGUACAUACAGUUUGUCUAAAGAAAAAAAAAAUCAACAUAUGUCUAUGUUUCCUCACUCUUAAAACUGAAAAUGUAACUUUGCCUCGCUUAUUUAUUUUCUUAAAGGUGCAGUCUGUAAUAAUUGUUGGCUUGGUUUGGUUUAAUUGUGUCAUAAAACAAUUUCUAUAUGACAUAGUCAGUGUUAACAUGGACACAACUACAACAAAACAGAUAAGGUUCUUAGUUGUACUUAGUAGAGAAGUGCAGUGAAUGUUGACAGAGGUUGUCCUUCCAUUUAAGGACAUGCAUUAGCUUUAUUAUGUGUUGACUAAAGAAUGAAAUAUAUAAUUUACGUGACGAUAAAACCCCUAAAAAUAGCAGUAAAAACAAUCGAUGUUAUUGUGCUCGGAUAGGAGUGGGGCUGUUUGUUUAUCACCUGUCUCUCAGUUUGAUGAGGACGAGCUGAUGUUUAAAUACCUUUAACAAUGUCAGAAAACAUUAAUAAUGCACAAUGAGUUGUUUUGUUGUGGUUGCCCUUCUAUUAGAGGACCUGUCAGUCAAUUGAGGAGUAAAAACAUGUUUGAAUCCCGCUUUGAAUUUUAGUGGCGGGUCAACUCUUUUGAUUACACCUGUAUAAAAGACUCGGCUUUUAAGUUCCUUGUUCAUUUUGUGUUUAAUUAACACACAAUACAGUCUCGGUAAACACAUUUCUUUGUGUCCUGUGACAUGUUACAUGAAGAAAAAAAAGAAGCAUUGAAUUAGUUUAUGUCUUGAUUUUGCCUCAGAAGUUCUAACUGACAAUAUAUCCAUGCAAUAGCUGACUUGCAAAUGCACUCAAAAUUUUAAAUUGGCUCACUUUGUUGGCAAAUCAUGAGUCCUGGGAGGAUUUUGAGAAGGCAUGCCACAGAAAUGUUCUGUGCCUUGACACAUCUGUCAUAACUAAACGGUUUGUGAGAGCUCUGCUUUGCUGCUGAAGUUAAGCUCAUGGUGAAAUUCUAGAAAAAUGGGAUCCAAAAACAGACUUGAGAUGUACAGUAGAGAUAAAAAUGACUCACAGUGGAGUUUAGUGUAACCUCGUAAUCACUGUAUCCUCUGCAGACCUGCGCUCUGUUUGCUCUGACACAUGCACCAUGCACGCGCUCUAUACUCAACGGAGGCUCUGUGUCCUCUGUCUGUCCCCCACCCUCACCCUCCCUGUGCUGUUGUACCCCCCCCCCCCCCGGUGACG